AUCAGAUCCUCGGUCCUGACACACCUGCACUACGAAAGCACACUGCUUCAAGCUCCACUCUUGUACGGCCGUACACAACCUCCACCUUCCGCUCUGCGCAUGCGUGAAAGAUGGACUCUGCUUCGGUUCAGCGAACCAAGAAGGCGAAUGUCAGCACCAGAGCUGGGGUUCAGUUCCGUUAGUGGACACUAGGAGUCCUCUUCUACAUGCAUCACCAAGGAUUCCCCAAGGUCGAUGCUGUGGGUGCAGCGUACACGAGUUUGGAAGCAUGUCUGGAUAAAGUAGAAUUGGAGCAGUUGAAAUGGAGGAAGAUUUCAGCUGAAGGUCUGGACCUCGGCUACACAAUUUUAUUACCUCCGUCUGUUGCAAGUCAGCUGCUGGAGCACCUGGAAUCAAACCUGGAUUAUUUUAGUGGGGAUCUGGCCAAGGUGUAUGUUUAUGGAAAGUGGCACCCCAUUCCUCGUCAACAGGUUGCUUUUGGGGACUCUGGGAUGAGCUACAAAUUCUCAGGAAACACAGUACCAGCCAUGAUGUGGCCUCCCAUUCUGCUUCGUGUGAGGGACUUGAUUUCCGAAAUAACAGGUUAUUACUACAAUUUUGUCCUUGUUAACAGGUACAAAAAUGGAACGGAUUACAUAGCAGAACAUAGAGAUGAUGAGAAAGAUCUUGAUCCAGUGGUACCUAUAGCAUCACUGUCACUUGGACAAGCCAGGGACUUCGUAUUUAAGCAUCGAGAUGCACGAAAGAGUGGUCCCGAGAAGAAAGACAUUUCAUCAGUGAAGUUGCUACUUGAGCAUGGGAGCUUACUGUUGAUGAAUCCACCCACAAACAAAUUGUGGUUUCAUUCAUUGCCACGAAGAAAGAACUGUCACGGUGUUAGGCUGAAUCUCACAUUUCGGAAGGUGUUGAAAACGCCAGGGACAUGAAACACUGCGUUACUAAUCAAGUGUUGUGUGACCAGCUACAUCUGUGAUAUUAAGAAAGUUUUGCAAAAUGUGAAGUGUAGGCGUGUCAGGUUUUACAGAAUGGUCAAAUAGAUAAUAUAAAUUGUAGGAACUUUUAAAAUGAGGUUGAAUUGGAAGGAUCUACAUAUGAAAGACCACAGAUUGCUUGUUUAUGAGGAUAUUUUGUUUUGUGAUAAGAUUUUGUUAUUCUUUGUGGUAAGUAAAGCCAUCCCACUAUGCACCAUGAGUGUAGUGUUACUUAUUAUGGUUUUUUAAAGAACUCGCCUUCAGGAUUUGUUUUAAAACCUUAUUUAUUUUGAUCAUAUUUGAAUUAAUUCCCCUUUUGCCACUGAUGAUGACCUCUUGAGGUCAAAAUGCGUUUGGCACUAGUGUCAUUUGUAGUGUUAACAGUUUGUUUGCUUAUUUUUGUAUUCUAAUACAUUACACGGUAUGCAAAGUUUUAAGAUCCAUGUAUUAAAAUGUGUCCAAGUAAUUUUCAUAUUCAGCAUUCCACUGCUUACCUAACAUUAAGAUAACAAACUUAUUAUUGGUUAAUUUCUAAAAUGCCUUCAGGAAGCAGCACACUGCAUAUCAUAUGUUCAUGUGAAAUGUGAAAAACAAUCUGCUUUAAGCCUUGUAGGCAGAAAAUGAUAUCCUGUAAAAUCACCAUCCAUCCUAAAACUAUUCAUUCUAUUGCAUAGGUCUAUAGAGGGUUAUAUAGCAUCUUUAGUCGCAAGUUAACUGCAGCCACCAAAAUGUCUAGUUGAUUGGUGAUGUUGAAGAUGAGAUUGUUUUGAUUUCUUAGACAUUUAAGACUGCCAUGAUUUAAGGUUACUGGCAGAAUGUUCUCUAGACAACAUAAAUGAUGUAAUGAUCAUUACAAUAAUACUGGAUUAUUCAAAGAGUAAAUAUAUUGGUUAGGAAGUUAUAA